CCUCAGAACCUCUCUGGACCAAAGCCUUUGCCAGACCCCUUCUAGCCUCCAGCCCACCAUGAUCCCUCCGAGCAACAUGCUGUUCCUGCUUUUGUUCCCAGUGGCUGCAGCUCAGAUAAUCCCAGGUUCCUGUUCCGGAUGUGGGCCCCUCCCCUUGCCACUCCUGGCAGGUCUUGUGGCUGCCGACGCCAUGGUAUCUCUACUAAUCGUGGUGGUGGUGUUUAUGUGUGCCAGCCCACGUGACAGGCCCACCCAAGAAGAUGGUAAAGUCUACAUCAACAUGCCUGGCAGGGGCUGACCCCCCGUAACUGCGACCUAUGACUUCUGACCCUCUCAUUCUGGAUUGUGUGUGGUGG